GUAUAACAGCGCUAUCUGCUGUAAUAAAAGUGAAUCCAUCUUAUGCAUCUGAGCAUCAGCUUGUUGUUAUUGACUGUUUGGAUGACCCAGAUGAAACCAUUAAAGUGAAGACAUUGGAUCUUCUUUUUAAGAUGACAAAUCAGAAAAAUAUUGAAGUUAUUUUUAAAAAAGUGCUUGAGUAUCUUAACACUGCCAAGGAUAACUACAUCAAAAAAGACCUGGUUGCAAAGAUUACUGAUUUAGCUGAGAAAUAUCCUUUUUAUGCAAAUCAUCUUAUCAUACUUGGACAUGUUCUUCCAGACACAGAGGCAGUGGAAUAUGACAGAGAACUGAGACUGAAAGCUGUCGGUGUUUAUUACAGACUACUGAGAAAAAGAAAAUUACCUGAUGCACUGAUAAAAGUUGUUUGCUGGGUGCUUGGAGAGUUCUCCUAUUUAGAUGACUCUGUUCCCAAGACAGAAGUGAUAGAAAGUUUAUUCAAAUUAUUAGACGACACUUACACCGAUGACAGCUACACAUGUUGGAUAUUCACUGCAAUUAUGAAAAUAACCUCACAGAGUGGAGUGUUUAGUGAUGUCGUCAAUGAUGUCAUAAUAAAGUAUAAAGAUAUAACUACAAAUACAGAGUUACGACAGAGAGUGUGUGAAUUUGAUAAACUGUCACAUGAUGUGGAGUUAAUGAGGACAAUUCUACCAGUACCCACACACCACAUUGAGAUUGAUUCCACCCUGUCAUUUCUUGAUGAGUAUGUAUCAGAUGCUUUGGCACAGGGAGCAGCAACUUAUAAACCCAAACAACAAAGACAACUACAACCAACAACAACUUUAGUGAGUAAACCAUCUUUGUGGGCUGGAUUGAAUUUUAAACCAUAUGAGAGUCCAACAGCAUCUGCAGCUAGUACACUCUCCUUGUCAUCGUCACCGCAUGCCUCACCUAUGAUGGUAGUAGCUCUGGAUCCGUCAUUGAGUUCAGGAUCUUCUGACUCCACCAAUCUAUUGGAUAUCAGAACACCUGGUCUUAAUCUUAAAGAUGUCAAGAAAGUUUGGUCUAAAGAAGGAUACUCAAAGUCCUCUAAAACCAUUGCCAUCAAGGGUAAAGAACAGCUUAAAAAAUCAAACCCAGUAACUGAGCUAAACGCAGUAGAAAAGGUUACACCCCAAAAUAAAUCUCUUCCAUUGACAACAGAGUCAUCCCCCACAUCACUUGAUAUAUCUGAUGAGGAGAUGAGAAAAUUGAAACUUGCAAAUGCAUUGUUCAGUGGAGUGACUUCUAAUACAACACCUAAACAGACAUUGGGGAGCAGAGCAGGCAGACUUUUUUCACAAGAACAAAUACAGCAAAGAAACACACCAUUUACAGAUGUUCUCAUAGAGGGCGUGCGAAAAUCACCAACUGAGAAUUCAAGUAUUGAUUUAUUAGCUGGAAUUGAUUUCAUGACUGUUGAUCAGAAAGAGAUUGAUCGUAUUGGUGUCAGCAGUGGUGACACUGCCGGUGUGGAGUGUGCCACUGGUUCUACUCAAAAUACAAAACUAAUAGAUGUGGUGUUAUCACAAACCCAUGGAGACAUUGUUGGUGAAGUACAGGGAGAAGUUGACAACAAAAAAAGCACAAGAUGCAAGCAAUUCGAUUCACUUCAAGGAAAUCUAACAUUGGAGUCAGAUUUUAACAGUGUGCACGCUGGUGACCAUAAACAUGUUGAAAACAUUUCUGGUCUUAAGGAUCUUAAUAUAAACACUUUUAGAAACAAUAAAUUAACUGUUAGUAUAAAGACAAGUGAUGUUUUGAGACCUGGAGAAAAUAUAUCAUCACACGAUUCAAACACUGACAGUGUGAUAUCAUAUUCAGACAACAAUGACAAACUCCCACAAACAAAGAAAUCAGUUUUAUCUGAACAAUCCUUACUGACUAAAGAUACGGUGACUGUCUCUAAUGUUGGUCUACUCGACAGUGAAUAUGAUGAUCCGCAAAAUGAACAAGAACCAGACCAUUUUGCUCCCAGACUUCCCCAAGAUCUAAAAGGAUUUGAUCAUUCUAAGGAGUAUAGCAAUUUGACAUCAGACUCUAUAUUACGGGUUUUAUCGACAAAAGUCUGGAAGUCAGAUUCUUUAAUAAUUGUACUAUUUCUACAAAAUCAGAGUAUACAUGCAAUCAAGGAUGCAACAGUGAAAGUUGAUGUUCCAUCUAAUCUUAAGGCUGUCAUCGAUGGGAAUGAGUGCAAUUCAAUAACUGUAUCUGAAAUCAUCGCCAAUUGCUGUCAGUCCAGCAUAGUCACUUUUACUUGUAUAGCGCCCUCACUCAACAUGGUACUCGGUGGUCAAAUAUGUUACAAAGAUAAAACUAAUACUUCAAAAAGAUUGUUUUUUAACUUGUCUAUUUACAUGACUGAUUUAUUAAG